ACUGUUUAAAAUGUGAGGUUAUGCGCACAAAUUUAGAAAAACAAUAAUGUUACAAUUCAAAUCCCAAUUAAUUAAAACAGAUGUUACAGCGAUCGCAAGACAUAAAAAUGUGACUUUAGUAGGAAUUGGUUCCACAUUACAUGUGUUUUGUAACAACACUGAUAAAUUAAUUAAUAAAAUAAAUAUAGAAGAUACCAGAGGAGAACUAAUAUUUGGAAUUAAACUUUUUGAGAAAAAUAAACUCCUCGUGUUUGGUGGUCCAUUUCUAUUAAUAUUUUCUACAGAUCAACACUUCACUCACAUAAAAGAAAUACAUAGAGUUGCCCACAAAGAUUGGAUCCUAGAAGCUAAAUUUAUAAAUAAUGAAAGCAAAAUCGCCACAAUUUCUAUGCAGAACAAACUUCAAAUAUGGGAUAAUCAAUUAAACUUUUUGGAGACAUUUGAAUGUCAAGAAAAAUGUAUUUUAUAUAGUGCACAUAUUUGUUAUAAUGAUUAUGAUAAGUUAGUGUUACUGUCUGGAACAGUUUUUAAUGAAGUUUUGAUAUGGAAAGUUAAACGAAAUGAAUUCACCAAUGUUCCAGUCCUUAAAAGGUUAAAGAAACAUGAUGGUGUAAUAUUUUGUAUACAUUACAAUGAAGAUAAUGGUAUAAUAUGUUCUACUUCAGAUGACCGUUCAGCUAUAUUGUGGAAAGUAGAAAAUACUGAUCUCAGUUUAGAACUGAACAGAGAACAUCCCAACAUAUUUUCAAUAUGCCAAGUUUAUGGUCAUUUAUCGAGAGUAUUCCGUUGCUUGGUAUUAAAGGACUGUUUUGUCACUGCUGGUGAAGAUUCAUUAAUAAAUAUUUGGAAACUAGAUGGAAAAUUGGCUAGAAAAGUGGAAGCUAACCAAAAUAGUCCAAUAUGGGCAUUAGAUUUUGAUGAAAAAGAUAAUGUUGUACUUAGUGGGGGAGGAAAUGGUGGAGUAUAUGCAUUUUCUCUAUACAAUGAUAUAAAAGAAGAAAAAAUUUGUCUUCCAAAUAGUGAAAAACCAAAAAUUGUUGGUAUUUUGUUAUCUGGCAACUUUGUAGUGUUUUCAGAACAUGGUGUUUUAUACUUUUACAAUAAUAAAAGUUGGAUUUCAGUUAAAACAUUUGAAGACCUAAAAAGCUAUGUGGUUAUGAAGAUGUCUAAAUGUAAAAAAUUGAUAGCAUUAGCUGGUUUCAUUGGUCAGAUAUACAUCUACAAAGAAAACCAAAAUACUUUAGAACAACUUUGUUACUUUCAAUCAAAUAACAAAUCCAGGAUAAUAUCUCUUCAUUGGUUAGCUUGUGAUAUGAUCUUAAUAUGUCAGGAUGGAGGAAAGCUAAAACUAUUGUAUUUAAAACCUUCCGAAAUAAGUGAAGUGUGUUCUUUUACAUUGCCAAAGGGUUCACAAAGAAUUUCAACCACAGCAACCAUAUUUGAAGAUACCAUUGUAGUGGGCGAUAGAAAAGGAAGUCUACAUAGGUUUAAAAUUGGACAACAGAGUCCUAUACAAACGAUAUCGAGAGUUCAGAGCCACCUGGGAGUAACUAAUUUAAUUACACAAAACAAUAGACUGAUAUCUUUAGGUCGUAAUAGUACAAUUAAAACUUUUUUAACAGAUAAAUCUGGUUUAUCACUCGCAACUUCAGAUAAACUUCCUUAUAGUUGGUUGUUAGACAUUGUUGAUGACUUAGUAAUUGCUUUUUCUGGAAAUAAUUUUGUAGUUUGGAAUUAUAAGACGAAAAGGUUAAUAUCGGAAACUAUUUGUGGGGGUGGACAUCGGUCGUGGGAUUUCUCAAAAACAGAUGCAUUAACAUUUUUGUACAUAAAAGACAAAUUUAUAAAUAAAUUAGAAUAUAAUUUAAUAGUAAAUAAAUCCCACGAUAUUAUCGAACCUUUUCACCUAAACGAUGUGAAUUCAAUGCAAAUCGUUAGUACUAAUUCUCAGUAUAUUAUAAUAUCAGGAGGGGAGGAUACUACUAUAAGAAUCACGGUAACAGAUGAACAUUUAAGUUUAUUUGUGAAUGAAAUUACAUUGAAGUCACAUCUUUCUAGCAUAAGAUGUAUUACUACCUUUCAUUUGGAGCCUAAACAACAUUUAAUAUUUUCUGCGGGGGGUAGGGCUCAAAUAGUUUCUUGGACCUUAACUUUUUCAAUAGAAAAUAAUAUUAUACAGAAUAUAAUUUGCAAAGAAAACGAUUCUUAUUACGAAGUUAUCGAUAAUGAAGAUUCUGAAAUGAGGAUAAUGGAUUUAUGUGCAAUGACAUUUCUGGAACAGACAUUUUUGUUUGCAGCUUGCUCAGAUGGGUAUAUCAAAUGUUUUUCUGUAACGGAUUCAUUUAAAUUAACACUGUAUAGGAAUGUUUUUUAUAAAUUAAAAUGCAUUUUUAAGAUAAUUACUAUUAAAGUUUUGUGCUGUGAUGUACUAGUGACUAUGGCCAGUGAUGGAUGUGUAGUAUUCUGGCAAACUGAGGAUUUUCUGUCUGGUGUUGAAGACGUAGUUCCUUUUGGGAGUUUGUCCAUACACGCCUCGGGUAUUAAUACGGUUUCAACGUUUCGAUUUGCCGCAGAUUCUUUUUUGUUUCUCACAGCUGGAGAUGACAAUAUUGUUAAGCUAAGUUAUUUGAAGUUCAGUGGAAACAAAGAAGCAGGAUUAACAGUUGAAAUUGUUGAUCAAUAUAAGAGCUCUGGUGUACAUUGGGCCCAAAUAACAGGAACUUUUAUUAAUGAUCAAUUCUUUAUAACAGCCUCAGUGGAUCAAAGAAUACUUUUGUACACUUGGCAUUUAAAGGAUGAGCAUUUAGAGUGCAAACUUUUGGCAAAAUAUAAUACGUCGGUCCCUGAUUUGAAAGGGAUUAUUUGUUUUGAUGAUGACAAAAAGUUUGAUGUGUUUGUAUAUGGAUUAGGUGUAGAAUUUUUAAAACUUGUAAAUAAAUGAUACUUAAGUUUG